UUGUCAUUCUCUCCGUGACAUUGGACAGGUGACAGUGGUUGGAGUUGUCUGCGGGGAAGUCAGUCGUUGUCCAGAUUCGUGCUUGAUUGCGUUGAAAAUGUCAUACCUACACACCCACUGGCGAGAUGUUGAUGCAUGGAGGAAGGAAGGUCUUUUACUGUCAACAACAAGCAAUGAAGCAGCGAAAAUGUUCGAUGCCUCCCUCACUCAGGUUGUGGCUCACCUUGACUAUGACAGUGUUGGUGGUCUGCAGAAUUCAAUAACCAGAAUGUUGGAGGCAGAUCCUGAUUUUGCCAUGGGUCAUGUUUUGGCAUCUAUCUUGGAAGUAAAGAAUUCUAUGGAUGUUGCCCAGUCACUAGCUUCAAAGGGCAAACUUAAUGACAGAGAAAUGCUCCACUUUAAUGCUGCAAAAGCACUAGCUGCAGGGUAAGAUAUA